AACGCUACCAUCCGCUACGCGUACUUGUCCCAACGUGGCUUUUACCCCGACGAUCCCUUCAAGGCCAAUCAGGACGCCUACGACGUACAGAUACCCUUGUCCAACAACCAAGGCGACGCCUUUCUCGGAAUCUUUGACGGACACGGCAAGGAUGGCGACGGCUGCGCCAUUUUUGCCAAACACAACCUGCACAAGCAUGUGCAUGGAUUCGUCAACGCACGCAAGUCGCAAACCGCCGCCGAACUCACCAAGGAAGAAGUGCACCACUGCAUCACCAAGGCACACGUGGAAACCAACCGCACGCUACGUAAGAAUCCCAAGGUAGACGAUUCACUCAGUGGGACAACCGCCAUUAGUGUCUACUUCCACGGACGGCGCAACCGUAUGACCAUUGCCAACGUUGGAGACAGUCGCGCCGUUCUGGGACAAGCCGUCACCGGGAACUUGCCGGAAUCCGCCGCCCCGGCUACGACGUCACGCAACAACUUGAAAGCCGUGCCCUUGAGUCGGGAUCAAACACCCUACCGCAAGGAUGAACGCUCGCGGAUUCGCGCCACCGGAGCCCGUGUUCUCAGUUUGGAUCAGUUGGAAGGACUUGAACCGAUUCAAGAUAUUUCCGAAAAUGGCGAAGACGACGAUUUCGUCCUGGGGGAAGAGCUGGACGAAGGGGGCGACCCGCCCCGGGUGUGGAGUCCCGAUGGGGACUUUCCCGGGACGGCCUUUACCCGGUCCAUCGGAGACGCCAUGGCGGAAGACUUGGGUGUCUAUGCCGAACCGGAGCUGCUCACGCGGGAAAUGACCCCGGACGAUAAGAUUAUUGUGCUCGCCAGUGACGGGGUGUUCGAAUUCUUGACCAACCAGUCCGUCAUUGAUAUUUGUGCCAAGUUUAAUGAUCCACUCGAGGCCUGUCGUGCCGUCGUGGCGGAAGCGUACGAACUGUGGUUGCAAUACGAAUUGCGCACGGAUGAUAUCACCAUUAUUUGCAUG